UUAUAUCUAGUUCCUCCGGCUUUCUCCAUUCCCGGAUGCACUCUGCCUAAUACUCUCAAGUCCUGAAGACGGCGACGGGACAGGAUGGGCAGGGCAUCAGAGCCUCGCAGUCCGCUGAGCUAGUGAAGAGCGGCGCCUGGAGCCAUUCACGUGCGGUGGGCGCGCAGGUCUCCAUCCCCGACCAGCGCAGACCGCAGAGAAGCCCCGCGAUAGAACGCGUCGCCCGGCUACCGCCAUCGCGUCGUCUUUAGAAUCGUCAGGGCCGGGCCUGAGCUCCCACCGACAGCACCCCGGGCCCAGUGCAGUCGCAGGCCUCCCCUCCAAUGAUUCAGAAGUCACGCCCGGCGCUGCUGCAGCCUCAAGAUGUCGGAGACAGGGUGGAAACGCUUAUGUUGCAGCCCGUGAUCAAAGCCUUCCUGUGUGGCUCCAUCAGUGGGACCUGCUCUACCCUCCUUUUCCAACCCCUGGAUCUCCUCAAAACGCGCCUGCAGACCCUCCAGCCCUCAGCCCAUGGAUCCAGACGUGUUGGGAUGUUGGCUCUGCUCUUGAAUGUGGUUCGCACGGAGAGUCUCUUGGGCCUCUGGAAGGGGAUGUCACCCUCCAUCGUGAGGUGCGUCCCUGGCGUUGGAAUCUACUUUGGCACUCUCUAUUCUUUGAAGCAGUACUUCCUGCGAGGCCAUCCCCCCACCGCCCUGGAGUCAGUCAUACUGGGGGUGGGCUCCCGCUCUGUUGCGGGGGUCUGCAUGUCACCCAUCACUGUGAUCAAGACACGGUACGAGAGCGGGCGGUACGGCUAUGAGAGCAUCUAUGCGGCCCUGAGGAGCAUCUAUCACAGCGAGGGGUACCGGGGUCUCUUCAGUGGCCUGACAGCAACACUCCUUCGUGAUGCCCCCUUUUCUGGAAUCUACUUGAUGUUUUACAACCAGACCAAAAACAUUGUGCUUCAUGACCAGUUGGAUGCAGUCCUUGUUCCCAUUGUAAAUUUCAGUUGUGGGAUAUUUGCUGGGAUUCUGGCCUCACUGGUAACUCAACCUGCAGAUGUUAUUAAAACUCACAUGCAGCUCUCCCCAAUGAAAUUUCGGUGGAUUGGCCAGGCAGUGACACUCAUUUUCAAAGACUAUGGGCUGCGUGGCUUCUUCCAAGGCGGUGUCCCCCGGGCCCUCCGCAGAACUCUGAUGGCAGCCAUGGCGUGGACAGUCUACGAAGAGAUGAUGGCCAAGAUGGGCCUGCAGUCCUGACCAAGCCAGGACCAGGCAGAGGUGGGAUCUGUUGCCCUGCCUGGUUUCUGCCAAGGGCCUCUUCAUCUCACUACCCCGGAGUCGGACGAAGUCCUAUCUGGAGAGCCAGGCAAACACGUCACCUUCAGUUACCCAGCUCAAGAAGAGUCUAGGUGGGCCCGACUCAAGCCUUCCAGACCUCCCAGAAGAGGAGUCACUGACAUAUCAUACUGGGGAGUUAGGAGAAGGGUUUGCAUACCCUGCAAGGCUACUUGAAAAGGCAUUUCCAGAGAGUGCUCUGUCCAGUGGCUCUGCUCAGCCACCCACUACACCACAGUGCCUCUUUGGAUCUGCUCUUGGGCAGUGCAGUGCCAGGGAUGCUGUGGGCCGCCUGCAGUGGCGGAGGAGUUCCAGCAGCCAGGCUGGAUCUGCUGAGAGAGGAGUCACUGUCACCAGGCUGAAGUCUGCCUCUGAGGUGAUGUUAGGAUGAGGAAGAACAGAUGUCACAACUUCAUUGGUUCCUCAUCGACUUCUCAGAGGCUCCGGAGAAGGUGGGCAGUGGCUUCCUAGCCCCUAAGUGUCCAGAUAAUAUUGUUUGAUCUUGGCUCCUGCACUGUUUCAACUCCAAGUUGCUCUGGCAUUUUUCUGCAGCUAAAGUUGGAUAAAUAAAGUGAAGCACUUUAUCAUUGAAAAA